AAGAAAGCGCAACCGAGACAAGAGCCGUGUUCGUGGCCACGCUGGUGCUCUUCUUUUUUUUAAUCCCGCGGUAAAGAACAGGCCCUCUGGACGCGUGACCAUAUACUUGUGUGAAGGCGGCCAGGAUGAAACAGACAUCUUCUUCUCCAAGGAUCCACCUCUCCUCGGAUGGCAGCAAGUUCGUCGAAUUCGGCAUCGUCCGACAGGGCCGAUGCGGUGCGCCCGAGGUUCACCUGCGGUGCCGCAUCACGGCCACGUCGCGGCUCUCGCCGCACGACUGCAAGGCCGUGUCCAAGGUCUCUAGCAAGGUCGACGGCGAGCGCUGCUGCCACAACGUCGCGUUCCAGGAGCCGGCGCUCGUGGCCGGACCCGUGGCCGGACCCGUGUCGCGACUGUUCGGGCUCGUCAAGAGCGCCGUGCACCGCGUCAGGUGUCUGAACCGGCCGCAGGUGCAGCCCCUGGAUGACUCGAAAGUUGAAGACCAGCUUCCAGAGGAAGAUGAAGGCGUGCUCUCUGACCUCCCUGAACAGGUUCCGGUGGAAGAGAAAGUGCUCGAGUGGGCGGAAGGCGUGCUUCGAAGCGGCCUUCCUGACAUCCAGGUGUACCCUCCGGACAGUGACGGAGGUUCAGACGCGGACGACGAGUGUGACGGUGACGAGGAAGAGGAUGGUAGUUCCGGUUUCUUCAGCGACGAGCUGAGCGAGACGGAUGCCGAUUCGGUCCUCUCUACCAGCGAUAAGCAGAUUCAGUGCAGCUUGGGCCGCUACACGUUGGGCCAAGCGCAGCGCCAGGAACGGACUAGGCUGAGGCUCGUUUCUCACUCGGAACUGCCGGAGUGGCUGAAGAACAACGAGUACCUCGUGAAGUACCACAGGCCUCCCCUUUACUGCUGGCGCGCGUGUGCGCGCUCCAUCUUCAGCCUACACACGGAAAGCGGAAACAUCUGGACGCAUCUUCUCGGUGCUCUAGGCUUCCUAACACUUGGAGUUCACUUCUACCGUUCCGAUGCUCUCAGCCUGGACUGGGCCGGUUGUCUGGCCUUCGGCAUCUACUUCGCCGGGGCGGCCUUGUGCCUUACGCUUUCGACGACGUACCACACGUUCAACUGCCACUCGGAGAGCGUGGGGAAGUUCUUCUGCAAGAUGGACUAUUUCGGAAUCACGGUGCUUAUUCUGGGCUCCUUCUAUCCGUGGCUCUACUUCCAGUUCCUCUGCGAGCCCCUUAAGCGGCUAGUCUAUGGUCUCCUGGUGACCGCUUCCGGUCUGCUGACCAUGCGCGUCUCCCUGUCGCACAAGUUCGGCGAGGCGCGUUAUCGUGCCCUUCGCGCCGGAAUCUUCUUCAGCUUCGCCCUGGUGUGCGGCGUCCUCCCGUCGGCGCACUACGGCAUCCAGCACGGCUGGAAUGACCUCAUGUACAGGAGUUCAUUCGUGUACAUUCUUCUCAUGGUGGCCAUAUACGUGACCGGCUGUUGCGUCUAUGCGAGCCGCGUUCCUGAGCGCUUCUUUCCUGGACGUUGUGACCUGGCCUUCCAAAGCCACCAGAUCUUCCACGUACUUGUUCUCAUGGGUGCUCUGGCGCACUACUACGGACUGUCCAGGCUCGCCACUCUCAGAAUGUCCCAAGGUUCGUGCCCGCUGGGACAGACCGACUCUCUGUUCCGGAGCUUGGCGCUUGUAUGAAGCAAGGCCACGACAACCGAAGAUGAAACAAGAGUGACCUAUAUUUUGUCAGACUUGGACCUCCUGGCUUCCCGUCCCGACUGGCUAGCGAGGCGAGGUCGCCUCCGAUGUAGCGUCGCAGAUCGCACGUCUUCUAACACCACAGCAACGUGCGCGGCAUCGAAGAGCCCCGAGAGGCGAUAGGUUUUCGCAACCAACCUGUCCGGAACUGCGAUGGCCAGUGUUGAAAGCGCGGCGCUGCAUCACCCCCCACCCGUCGGCCACGGGUCACAGCGACUGCAAGACCAAGGAGGCGACCGAGGGAUUCGACGGCACACCCGAAGGCGUUCCUCACGUUCGACCACGAAUUCUCACACGACUGAGAAGAAGGAGAACGUCCCGUAUGCGCAACUAUGCGCGAGAGCGUAACGCAUGGGUGCAACUCAAGACCGGCCGGGCAAUGUAAUAUCACGUGAUUGCGUUGAAAUAAGGCGCGAAGAGCAGCGUUCCUAUAAGACCCUUCGCUGUCGCAACCAUCGGGCCGCGAGUGGUAUUCAAACACGCAGCUGUAACAUCGCUCGUGACGACAUCGUGAGCUGCGACGUGUGCAGACGUCAUAUAUACACGCAUGCCCCCCCCCCCCCCCCCCCCCAUAAAAAAAAAAAAUGAAGGGCGCGUGCGUGUGGGUGCACACGACGAGCUGCUGGUGUGAAAUGCCCAGCCUGUGGGAGCGCUUCCCCGCAGCGACCGAGAAAGUCAGAAGACUCGUCAUUUCAUUCGCUUGACAACACCGCUGUACAAGGGAUCCUCAUUUUAACCACUGCCAACGGACACACCAAAACAUGUACCAUGCAGUUCGCUCCUACCAGCCAUUCACGCUCAGCGGUGUGUGCCAAGUGUUCCAGUCAAUAUGCCAUCUGCCGAAAUUACGUCUUGUAUAUAUAGUCCUGUGAAUCAUCCCGUGUGAACAGCGUUCAAUCUCACCCCAUUUACUCUUUUUAUUACCCCCAUAUCUCUUUACACCCAGUGCAGGGCAGCCAACCGUUCUCGCUGACUUCCCUGCCUUUCCUCUCCUUUCUCUCUCUCACUCUCCACAUUGAUUUUCAAUAACCGAAAUGUGUAUAUAAGCGAGCAUACGGCGUUGUCUAUACAAUGUUAUCAAUUGUAGAGCAUAAAUUAAUAAAUUAACAAAAAAUUUUGCCACAUACUCUGGCCUAGGUAGACAUUGUAGAUAUACACUACUUACUCUUACUCGCUGCCCCGAGUGGCGCUCAAUAAAAAGUUUUUCCGAGUAAAAA